UAGUAUAUAUAAUAAUAAUAUCCCAGUAAUACCACUGUCCUUGUAAAUUGUAAUCGAUGCUUAUAUGUAUCCUUCUUUUAUAAACCAAUUCUAAUACCUUCAAUAGUACAAAUUCUCUCUGUCUCGCUCGCUGCUCUUGUCCCUAUCUGACAAUUGCUUGCCCACAUUCAAGUAUGGUACAGGCAAAGAAGUUCAGAGGUGUCAGGCAACGCCAUUGGGGUUCUUGGGUCGCUGAAAUUCGUCAUCCUUUACUGAAGAGGAGAGUGUGGCUAGGUACGUUUGAAACUGCAGAAGAAGCUGCCCGAGCGUAUGAUGAGGCUGCUGUUUUAAUGAGCGGACGUAACGCCAAAACAAAUUUCGCAGUGCAAGCAAUGGAUGAAAAUAAAAAAGACAAUUAUAAAUCUAAUAAUUCGACAUUAUCAGGAUCAUCAUCAUCACUCUCUGCUAUACUUAGCGCCAAACUUCGGAAGAGCUGUAAAUCGCCAUCGCCGUCUCUCACUUGUCUCAGGCUUGAUACAGAGAGUUCCAACAUUGGGGUUUGGCAGAAACGGGCCGGAGCCCGGCCUGAUUCUAGCUGGGUCAUGACGGUUGAAUUUGGAAAAAAGAAGAUGAUUAAUGAUAACGAGCAUAUAAUUAUUCCGGACGAAAACGUAACUUCUUCGAGUACGUUUUUGUCUCAGGAUAAUUCGAUCGAGAUUGAACAAGGCAAAGAAUGUGGUGUGAUGAAUGAAGAAGAACGAAUGGCGCUUCAAAUGAUUGAGGAACUCCUCAACAGGAAUUAACUAAUCAUGCUACCGUUAAACUUAUUAGGUAAAAUUGUUGGUCUUUUAUUAUUACAAGUAAAAAAAUUCAGCCCUCAGAUAUUUUUGAGGUUUUAACCAAACUAAGUCAUUAUAUAAAGUCAUUCACCAAAAUAAUAUAUUUUUCUAAAAUUUUAUAAAACUAGUAUAAACGAAUUCCACAGUAACGUUUUAGCAUAUAUUUUAU